AUGGAAGCUGUUUCGCAACUACGUGGGGUUCCCCUUACUCACCAGAAAGACUUUAGUUGGGUUUUUCUGGUAGAUUGGAUUCUCACUAUCGUAGCGUGUUUGACAAUGGUAUUCUACAUGGGAAGAAUUUAUGCAUACCUUGUAAGUUUUAUACUAGAAUGGCUAUUAUGGAAACGAGCGAAAGUAAAGAUAAACGUUGAGACACUUCGUGUCUCGUUGCUAGGAGGUCGAAUUCAUUUCAAACAUCUUUCCGUGAUACACAAAGACUAUACGAUUUCUAUUCUAGAGGGUAGCAUAACAUGGAAAUACUGGCUGUUAAAUUGCAGAAAAGCAGAAUUGAUAGAUAAUAAUAAGAGCCCUUCUAAAAACAAUGUAAAACUUCCAUGCAAGUUUUGUUUAGAAUGUGAAGGUUUAGAAAUUUUUAUUUACAACAGAACAGUUGCAUAUGAUAACGUUAUAAACUUGUUGUCUAAAGAUGAACGAGACAAAUUUGAGAAAUACCUCAAUGAACAUUCCUUUCCCGAACCAUUUAGUGACGGAAGCAGUGCUGAUAAAUUAGACGAGGAUCUAAGCGAAUCUGCGUAUACAACAAACUCUGAUGCUUCAAUAAUCAAUGAUAGGGACUACCAAGAGACAGAUAUCGGCAAACAUCCACAGUUUUUGAAAUUUUUACCAAUUGAACUUAAUUUUAGUCGCGGUUCCUUAUUGUUGGGAAACAAAUUCACACCAUCAGUUAUGAUUUUAAGCUACGAAAGCGGUGAGGGCAUAGUAGAUGUUUUACCUCCCAAGGAGCGAGUAGACCUGUAUAGAAAUAAAACACAAAUGGAAUUUAAAAAUUUUGAAAUAUCCAUCAAACAAAACAUUGGUUACGAUGAUGCCAUCGGGUUGAAAUUCAAGUUAGACACAGGAAAAGUAUCAAAGUUGUGGAAAGCGUUUAUAAGAGUCCUACAGCUAGUAAGCAAACCAGUUGUAUCAAAAAGAACUAAAAAGAACACAAGGUCAUCGAACGACAGUUUUUAUCAAAAAUGGAAAGGCUUGUCUCUUUACAAAGCUACUUCAGGAGAGGCUAAAGCAAACGAUUUAGAUGAUAUUGAAUUUGAUCUCACAAACCAUGAGUAUGCUAAAUUUACAUCGAUUUUAAAAUGUCCAAAGGUUACUAUUUCGUAUGACGUCGAUGUUCCAGGUGUCGUACCACAUGGAGCUCAUCCAACAAUAUCUGAUAUUGAUGGGCCCGAUGUGGGUAAUAAUGGGGCACCUCCGGACUUUGCUCUAGACGUUCAAAUUCAUGGAGGAUCCAUUUGUUACGGUCCUUGGGCCCAAAGGCAAGUGAGUCAUUUACAGCGGGUUUUAUCUCCUGUAGUAUCAAGGACAGCCAAACCCAUAAAAAAACUCCCACCAGGUUCAAGAAGGGUAUAUACACUUUUCAGAAUGAAUAUCUCGAUAACGGAAGAUACUACUUGGCGAAUACCGACAAGGGAAACUAGCAAAGAUGCUGAAUUCUUGCAGCACUACAAAGAAACUAGUGAGGAAUAUAGGCCGUUCGGGUGGAUGGAUCUUCGAUUUUGUAAGGAUACCUAUGCAAAUUUCAAUAUAAGCGUUUGCCCCACUGUGGAAGGAUUUCAGAAUAACUUUCAUGUUCAUUUUGUGGAAACUGAAAUUAGGUCAAGUGUUAACCACGAUAUUUUAUUGAAGAGUAAAGUAUUUAAUAUUGAUGGAGAUAUAGGAUACCCAUUAGGUUGGAAUAGCAAAGCCAUAUGGAUAAUCAAUAUGAAAUCAGAGCAAUUGGAGGCGUUUUUACUUCGAGAACAUAUAACAUUAGUUGCAGAUACGCUUUCAGACUUUUCCGCUGGUGACCCUACGCCAUAUGAACUUUUUAGACCAUUUGUUUACAAGGUCAACUGGGAAAUGGAGGGUUAUUCUAUUUACUUAAACGUAAAUGAUCACAAUAUUGUUAACAACCCAUUGGAUUUUAACGAAAACUGUUACUUGUCACUUCAUGGGGAUAAACUCGCUAUCGAUGUCACAGUGCCUCGUGAGAGUAUUUUGGGGACGUACACAGAUAUAUCGUACGAAAUCUCAACACCAAUGUUCAGAAUGAUGUUAAAUACACCUCCUUGGAAUACUUUGAACGAAUUUAUGAAACAUAAAGAAGUUGGAAGAGCAUACGACUUUACAAUUAAGGGUACCUACCUUCUAUAUUCUGAAUUAGAUAUCGAUAAUGUUGAUACAUUGGUCAUAGAAUGUACAAGCAAUAGUACGGUGCUUCACUGCUAUGGGUUUGUCAUGAGGUAUUUAACAAAUGUAAAGAUGAACUACUUUGGCGAAUUCUUUAAUUUCGUGACUUCCGAGGAGUACACGGGCGUCCUUGGUGCCAGAGAUGUCGGUGAUGUCACUACUAAGAGCUCAGUAGUAGAUUUGGCAUCUACUGUGGAUUCAGGGUACCAGAACAGCAGUGUAAAAAAUAAUUCUGAAGCUAAAGGACCUAUGAAAAGAUCAGAUUUGAAAAGGACAACCAACGAAACUGAUAUUUGGUUCACCUUUUCAGUUUGGAAUGGUGCUUUAAUAUUACCAGAAACGAUAUAUAGUUUUGACCCAUGUAUUGCAUUGCAUUUUUCCGAGCUUGUUGUCGACUUUAGAAGUUGCAAUUAUUAUAUGGAUAUAAUGGCAGUUCUUGAUGGUACUUCAAUAAAAAGACAUGUUUCAAAACAGAUAAAUGAGGUUUUUGAUUUUAUACGCCGCAAUAACGGUGCCGAUGAACAAGAGCACGGAUCACUCUCAGAUCUCACCAUCCAUGGACACAGAAUGUACGGACUACCGCCUACAGAACCUACUUACUUCUGCCAAUGGGAUAUCAAUCUUGGUGAUUUGAGCAUUGAUUCAGACGUUGAAUUCAUAAAGGGAUUUUUCAGUUCCUUUUAUAAGAUAGGUUUUGGCUACAACGACUUGGAGAAUAUAUUAUUAUAUGAUACUGAGACCAUUGAUGAUAUGACUUCAUUAACAGUGCAUGCUGAAAGGAUAAGGAUAAGCCUUGAAGAUCCAGUAAUGAAAUCACAAUCAGUUAUUAGUGCGGAAUCUAUAUUAUUUACUUUGAUUGAUUUUGAAAAUGAAAAUUACUCACAAAGAAUAGACGUAAAGGUCCCAAAAUUGAAGAUUUCUUUAAAUUGCGUAAUGGGUGAUGGUGUGGAUAUGUCAUUUCUCAAAUUUGAAACAAAGUUAAGAUUCACAAAUUUCGAACAAUAUAAAGAUAUCGAUAAAAAGAGAUCAGAGCAGCGUAAAUAUAUUACAUUCCAUGAUUCGCCUUAUCAUAGAUGUUCUUUCCUUCUUCCACUAUUUUAUCAAGAUUCAGAUACAUAUCAAAAACUGUAUGGGGCUAUAGCUCCAUCUUCGUCGAUUCCAACUUUACCUCUUCCUACUUUGCCUGAUACUAUCGAUUUUAUCAUUGAAGAUAUAGUUGGUGAGUAUGCCACCCUUCUGGAGGCCGCGAAUCCUUUUAAGGACUCAUUCGCUGAAACUCCAUCGACUGUCGAGCCUUCAAAGGCCAGUUUCACUGAAGAUGACAAUGACGAAGAGGCGAGUUCUUCAGGCUUCAAACCUGGCGCUUUUACAGAAGACGGAGAUGAUGAGAAAGACAACUAUGUUGUUGAUGUUUCAUAUAUUCUUUUGGAUAUUGACCCACUCCUUUUUGUAUUCACCAAGAGUUUACUAGAACAGCUCUAUUCUGAAAAUAUGGUACAGGUCUUGGACGAUAUUGAAAUUGGAAUUGUGAAAAGAUUAAGCAAUCUUCAAGAAGGGAUUACUUCUAUUUCCAAUAUUGAUAUUCAUAUUGCUUACUUAAACUUGAUAUGGCAAGAAACAGGUGAGGAAGGUUUCGAACUCUAUUUGGAUCGUAUUGAUUAUCAAAUGAGGGAAAAAUCGCUCGAGAAGAAUCGAACAACUAAAUUAUUGGAGGUAGCAGCCUUAGCAAGGGUAAAGACUGUCAGAGUAACUGUUAACCAGAAAAAAAAUCCAGACUUAUCUGAAGAUCGUCCACCUGCAUUGUCAUUGGGGCUUGAGGGGUUUGAAAUAUGGUCGUCUACCGAAGGUAGACAAGUGAACUCAUUGAACUUGACAUCAUCAGAUAUUACUAUAGACGAAUCUCAAAUGGAGUGGCUCUUUCAGUACUGUAGCGAUCAGGCAAAUCUUUUACAAGAAGUUGCUACCUCUUUCCAUUCCAUUCAGGACACCAGAACUAGUUCAAAGACAGAACUUAUUUCAGAACUUACAGCCGCAAGCGAAUAUUAUCAAAUCAGCCAUGAUCCUUAUGUCAUAACAAAGCCAGCUUUUAUUAUGAGACUUUCUAAAGGGCAUGUGCGUGAGAAUCGUAGCUGGAAAAUUAUUACACGUUUAAGGCAUAUUUUGACUUACCUUCCUGAUGAUUGGCAAAAUAAUAUCGACAAGGUGCUAAAAGAGAGGAAAUACACUUCUGCCAAUGAUGCUAAAAAUAUCUUUAUGUCUGUGUUCUCGACCUGGAGAAAUUGGGAGUUUUCAGAUGUGGCAAGAUCAUAUAUAUACGGCAAAUUAUUUUCAACAGACAAUGAGAAACAUAAACAAAAUCUGAUCAAAAAAUUACUGAAGUGUACUAUGGGUUCAUUUUAUCUUACCGUUUAUGGUGAGGGAUAUGAGGUUGAACAUAAUUUUGUGGUGGCAGAUGCCAAUUUAGUAGUGGACCUGACACCUCCCGUGACAAGCUUAUCUCUGAAUAGAGAAGAAACCAUUGAGAUUACGGGAAGGAUCGGUUCAGUGAAGGGGAAAUUUAGUGACAGAUUACUUAAAUUGCAGGACCUCAUUCCGCUGGUUGCGGCAGUGGGUGAAGAUGAUAAAAGUGAUCCAAAAACAGAGUUAUCAAAGCAAUUUAGGAUGAAUACUGUCUUGCUAGUAGAUAAGAGUGAAUUGCAACUGGUCAUGGAUGAGACAAAGCUGAUGAGUAGAACAGUUGGAGGCCGAGUUAGUUUAUUAUGGGAAAACCUAAAAGAUUCAACUAGCCAAGCAGGCUCAGUAGUAAUUUUUUCUCAGAAAUCAGAGGUAUGGUUAAAACAUGCAUCUAUUAUUUUGGGUGAAGCUCAACUACGCGAUUUUUCAAUUUUAGCUACUACCGAGGCGUGGUCUCAUAAACCCACGAUAUUGAUUAAUAACCAAUGUGCAGAUCUUCACUUUAGAGCAAUGAGUUCUACUGAACAAACAGUAACCGCUAUUACUGAAAUCAGAGAAAGUGCACUGAAGAUUAAAGAACGUAUAAAAUUCAAGCCUAAAUCAAAGAAAAAGUCUCAGUUUGUUGGCCAAAAGAUUAAUACUGUAUUGACGUGUUAUUUCUCAAACGUUAGUUCAGAGAUUAUGCCGCUUUCUCCAUUUUAUAUUCGUCAUGAAGCAAAACAACUUGACAUUUACUUCAACAAAUUCGGUUCGAAUGAGAUCUUGAUAAGCAUAUGGGAUACUGAUUUUUUCAUGACAUCGCACCAGACAAAGGAACAGUACUUAAGAUUUUCUUUUGGUGAUAUUGAAAUUAAAGGGGGAGUUUCUAAAGAGGGCUAUUCCUUGAUAAACGUUGAUAUUUCAAUAUCUAUGAUCAAGUUAACCUUUUCGGAGCCGCGUCGUAUCGUAAACAGUUUUUUGCAAGAUGAGAAGCUUGCUUCCCAGGGUAUCAAUCUUCUGUGUUCAUUGAAGUCUUUGUUUUUUAGCUCAAACAUACCGAAAAAAGAGAAGCAAGUACCUGCAUUAAUGAUAAACUGGACACUGGAUACUAGUAUUAGUUAUUUUGGUAUUCUCAUUCCAGUCGCUUCCACAUAUUUUGUGUUUGAAUUACACAUGCUUCUACUCUCACUUACCAAUACGAAUAACGGCAUGCUUCCGGAAGAAACCAAAGUCACAGGACAGUUUUCUAUCGAAAACAUUUUAUUUUUAAUAAAAGAGAGAUCACUACCUAUUGGUCUAUCCAAAGUGCUUGAUUUUUCUAUAAAAGUAUCCACUUUACAAAGAACAAUUGACACAGAACAGUCCUUCCAAGUGGAGAGUUCCCAUUUUAGGGUUUGCUUAUCUCCUGACUCUUUAUUAAGACUAAUGUGGGGUGCGCAUAAACUACUAGACCUAGGCCAUUACUAUACAAAGCAUCAUGCCCCCAAUAUUUGGAACAUCAAAAUGUUCACCGGUAAAAGUGAUAAACCGAAAGAAAUACCACUAAAUUUCCGUUCUAUACACAUUCUAUCGUACAAAUUUUGUAUAGGCUGGUUAUUUCAGUACGGAACAGGAUCCGAUCCAGGAUUGAUGCUAGGUUAUAAUAGACUGUUUUCUGCUUAUGAAAGGGAUUUCGGCAAGUUUACAGUUGUGGACUCUUUUUUCUCCGUUGCAAAUGGCAAUACAUCAAGCACCUUCUUUUCGGAAGGAAACGAGAAGGAUAAAUAUAAUAGAAGCUUCUUACCAAAUAUGCAAAUAUCUUAUUGGUUCAAAAGAUGUGGCGAGUUGAAAGAUUGGUUUUUCAGAUUCCAUGGUGAAGCUCUAGAUGUAAACUUUGUUCCGUCUUUUAUGGAUGUAAUUGACUCUACUUUACAGUCCAUGCGAGCAUUUCAAGAGCUAAAAAGAAACAUUCUAGAUGUUUCUGAGAAUUCCCAUUCGGAAGAUAGCAAUAUUUAUGCUGCUUCAAGUGUGGAAAAUGCCCCGAGUAGUUUGGCUCCCUUUCUCAAUAACAUUAGAUCUGUUAAUUCAAAUUUCAAGUACGAUGGUGGUGUUUUUAGGGUUUACACAUAUGAAGAUAUUGAAGCUAAGAGUGAGCCAUCGUUCGAAAUAAAAAGUCCAGUAGUAACUAUAAACUGUACCUAUAAACACGAUGAGGAUAAAGUUAGACCACAUAAAAUCAGAACAUUGAUCACUGUUGAUCCGACGCAUAAUACAUUAUACGCAGGCUGUGCUCCUUUACUAAUGGAAUUUUCGGAAAGUUUGCAAAAGAUGAUAAAAAAACAUAGCACCGACGAGAAACCAAAUUUUACGAAACCCUCUCCACAGAAUGUUGAUUAUAAGCGGCUCUUGGAUCAAUUUGAUGUAGCUGUUAAACUCACAUCGGCUAAACAACAGCUAAGCUUGAGCUGUGAACCGAAAGCUAAGGUUCAAGCAGAUGUUGGAUUUGAAUCGUUCUUAUUUAGUGUGACAACCAAUGAAUUUGAUUCCGAACAUCCUCUGGAGUUUUCUUUAACCUUAGAACACACAAAAGCAUCUAUUAAGCAUAUAUUUUCAAGGGAAGUGAGUACAUCUUUUGAAGUCGGUUUUAUGGACUUGACUAUUUUAUUUACACAUCCGGAUGUAAUCAGUAUGUAUGGGAUAGGGUUGGUUUCUGAUCUAAACGUCUUUUUUAAUGUUAAGCAGCUUCAGAAUCUGUAUUUAUUUUUAGACAUAUGGAGGUUCAGUAGCAUUUUGCAUACACGUCCAGCACAAAGAUCUGUUAAUAAGGGAAUUGAUAUGCAUUCGCUAACAUCCACCAGCCAUGUCGACUUAGGUACUGAAAUACCCUGGUGCUUCACACUUAUUUUUACAAAUGUUAGUGGUGACGUCGAUUUGGGUCCUUCUCUAGGUGUAAUUUCUUUGAGGACUCAGCGAACAUGGCUUGCCACAGAUCAUUAUGAUGAGAAGCGGCAGUUGCUGCACGCCUUUACUGAUGGUAUUAGCCUAACUUCAGAAGGUAGACUGAGCGGUCUGUUUGAAGUUGCAAACGCAAGCUGGUUAUCCGAAGUCAAAUGGUCACCCGAAAAGGGUAAGAAUACUCAUCCAUUAGUUUCUACCUCCCUGAACAUUGAUGAUAUGGCUAUAAAGGCUGCUUUUGAUUAUCAUAUGUUCUUAAUCGGCACUAUAAAUAAUAUACACUUCCAGCUUCAUAAUGAAAAGGAUGCCAAGGGGGUUCUACCCGACUUGUUACAAGUCUCCUUUUCAUCAGAUGAAAUAAUUCUCAGCUCUACCGCAUUAGUUGCCGCUAAUAUCCUGGAUAUUUACAACACCAUUGUACGUAUGAGGCAGGAUAAUAAAAUAUCAUAUAUGGAAACACUCCGGGAUUCCAAUCCUGGUGAAUCUAGGCAACCAGUAUUAUAUAAAGACAUUUUGAGAUCCUUAAAGUUAUUGAGAACAGAUCUCUCAGUAAGCAUUUCUUCCCUAAAGGUUCAAAUUUCGCCAAUAUCUUUAUUUGAUGUGGAAGUAUUAGUAGUAAGGAUUGACAAAGUCUCUAUACGUUCGGAAACACAUUCGGGGAAAAAAUUAAAGACAGAUUUACAAUUGCAAGUUUUGGACGUCUCAGCAGCUCUUUCUACUUCAAAAGAAGAACUCGACGAGGAAGUCGGGGCUUCCAUCGCCAUCGAUGAUUAUAUGCAUUAUGCGUCCAAAAUUGUUGGUGGUACUAUCAUUGACAUUCCGAAACUUGCUGUUCAUAUGACAACUUUACAAGAAGAGAAGACGAAUAACUUAGAAUAUCUUUUUGCGUGCUCUUUUUCAGACAAAAUAUCCGUGAGGUGGAAUCUAGGACCUGUAAACUUUAUUAAAGAAAUGUGGACCACACACGUAAAAGCACUGGCUGUUCGUCGAUCACAAAUAGCCAAUAUUUCAUUUGGGCAGACAGAAGAAGAACUUGAAGAAUCGAUCAACAAGGAAGAAACUGCUUCCAAGUUCAACUAUAUUGCGCUUGAAGAACCACAAAUCGAAGUACCUCAAAUAAGAGAUCUGGGAGAUGCCACUCCACCCAUGGAAUGGUUUGGCGUCAACAGAAAGAGAUUUCCAAAAUUCACUCACCAAACUGCGGUAAUACCUGUACAGAAGCUAGUUUACCUUGCAGAAAAGCAGUAUGUCAAGAUAUUGGACGAUACGCAUUAA